AUGAAGAUGUUGUCAGUCCUCGUCUUCUGUGUGCUACUGGCAGUGGUGAGGUGUGAGGUGCAGUACCAGCACCCAGAGGAGUGGGAUCUGUGGAAGACGGAGCAUGGGAAGAGCUACGAGUCCCAGAGAGAGGAGCUGGAGAGACAUAUCGUGUGGCUCUCCAACAGAGAAUACAUCAACGCACACAACAAGAACUCCCACAUCUUUGGCUACACUCUCGCCAUGAACCAUCUCGGAGACAUCACUGAGGUGGAGUAUGAGAAGAGGUACAUGACAUACAGGAGGAACACCGGACAGGGCAACUACACCAAGCUCCACAACCCAGCAGACUUCUCUCUGGAUCUCCCCGAGUCUGUGGACUGGAGAACCAACAAUGCUAUCACCAACAUCAAGGACCAGGUCAGAACUCAUCCAAAUAGAAAGUUGACACUAUUUCUGGCAGCCACAGUACUAGGGCAAUUGACUACACAUCUAAAGGAAUGGGCAGAACACAACGUGCACUUUCCUAAUAGGAAGAAACUGGUUGAAUAAGGCUGAAAUUUUACAGAGAAAAGCAUCGGCAAGAACGGAUGA